GAAUAAAAUAUUUAAAUCCGUUUUUUAUUGGGAAAGGAUGGGGUCGUCAAGUGUCCAAAACUGAAACCUCAAUCCAAAGCUGAAAAACAUUGCUCUCUUUAUCUGCAAAUUGCCUAUCCAUUCGACGCUCACCACCCUCUCUCAAAUCUACCCAAUUUCUUUCUUCCUUUUCCACUCUCAUUCUCUGCCAAAUAUUACCCACACAACAAGAGUUUUGCUAUAAAGGAAGACAAAGUUGCUUCAGUUUUUCAUGGCUUCAAUUCCAACUCCGACGCCUCGUAAUCUCACUUUCCCCAGCUCCCAAUUUCCUUCCCUGAAAAGAACGUUUUACCCUCCGUCGAGGUUUCCCGAUUCCACCCUCUGUCGCUGUUCCAAUAGCUCCUCCGAUAAUAAUUCUAUUAACUGGAGAUGGGACUCCGCCAUUCAAGAUGUUAUCAAAAAUGCCAUCAAGCGAUUCGAUUCCUACAUGAACCCUUUCCGGAAAGACUCCACCGCCACCAAAGAUACGUUAAACGACGCCGUUGCCGGUAAACAAUGGCUUCGAGGAGACGAAGAGGACGAUUGGGAUUGGGAUCGCUGGAAAAAGCAUUUCGAACAAGUCGAUGAACAAGAACGCCUCCUCUCCCUUUUAAAGACGCAGUUAAAUGAAGCUGUACAUAGAGAAGAUUAUGAGGAUGCAGCUAGGUUAAAGGUUGCAAUUGCAGCUGCAGCUACAAAUGAUACUGUUGGCAGAGUCAUAUCCCAUUUAAAUAGGGCAGUAAUAGAACAACGUUUCCAGGAUGCAGCAUUUUUAAGAGAUAAUGCCGGUGCUGGCUUGGUUGGAUGGUGGGCCGGUCGUUCGGAUGAUGCCAAAGAUCCUUAUGGUCUAAUUAUACAAAUAACUGCCGAGCAUGGAAGAUAUGUUGCUAAGAGUUUCAGUCCUAGGCAGCUUGCUAUUGCAUCAGUUGGUGUACCCUUGUUUGAGAUCUUUCUUACUGUAAAUAAGAAAGGUGAAUACAAACAGCAGGUUGUCUACUUGAAAAGGAGUAUUUUCCAGGAUUCUUCAAUGGUGUCUUCCAAAACAUCAGGAGGUCCAUCGGGCUCUAGUGAAGACAAAAGUGAUCUUUUUGUUGUGAGUGCUGUAGAUGAUGAAGAUGGUGCUGAUAAAGAUGAUGAUAAUGAUGAUGAUAAUGAUGCAGAUGAUGGAUCUGAUGUGGCUGAGGGACUAACUGGUUUUCAAAAUGUCUUGCAAGAUAUGAUUCCUGGUGUAAAGGUCAAGGUCUUGAAAGUCUCUGCACCUGGGAAAGUAGACCAAGAUUUUAUAUCUAAGGUGAUUGAGCAGAUAAGAGAUGAAGAAGAUGAGGACAAAGAUGCUGACAUUGAAAGUAUAGAAGUGAAUGAUGAAAAUAAGAGUGAAAAUGACCAAGAGAGAGAUCAGAUUGAGAUGGAUACUGAUAGUGGAGUUAUUGAUAGUGAUAGGCGAGGUGAAAUUGCAGUUAAAGUUGUUGUUGGUGGUCUUGUACAAAAGCUUUCUGGCAGUGUUCCUGCAAUAGAAUCACUUAGAGUGCCCGCUAAGUUAGUGAAAAAGGGCCGCCUAACAUUUUCAUUUUCUAUAGAAAAAGACAUCAACCAACAAGAUUCCAGUUUCAAGACAAGGGGUUCAAUGGAUAGAAAAUCAAAGAUUCAAGGUCAACGUAGCUUAGAUAAUAUAAUGUUUGAUCUUGCUAAAUUUAUUGGCAGAGAGAAGAUACCUUUGAAGGUGCUCAAAGAUGUUGGUGAAUUAAUAAAUCUCACUCUCAGUCAGGCUCAGAAUCAUCAACCACUAUCUGGAUCUACAACUUUCCAUCGCAUUGAGAUUGCAGCAUCACCAGACCCUCUAAAUGGAUUAUAUAUUGGUGCACAUGGGCUUUACACUUCAGAAGUCAUUCAUGUUAGACGCAAAUUUGGUCAGUGGCCAGGGGAUAGUGGGAGUAAGGAGCCUUCAGAUCUUGAAUUUUAUGAAUAUGUGGAAGCUGUAAAAUUAACUGGAGAUCCUUAUGUACCAGCAGGCCAGGUGGCAUUUCGAGCCAGAGUUGAUAAAAGAUAUCAGCUCCCACAUAAAGGGAUAAUUCCUGAAGAAUUUGGAGUGGUUGCUCGAUAUAAAGGACAAGGGAGGCUUGCUGAGCCAGGCUUUCGAAAUCCUCGAUGGGUUGAUGGCGAGCUUGUUAUUCUUGAUGGAAAGUACAUCAAAGGAGGGCCUGUUGUUGGAUUUAUAUAUUGGGCCCCUGAAUAUCACUUCUUGGUGUUCUUCAAUCGACUAAGGCUUCAACCUUAGUCUGUUGCACAUAAUAUUUGAGCAUGUUUAUUUUUUGUUCAGAUCACGCUAGACUUCAAUUAGGCAUGUGGCAUCGAUUAUAGUCUGCAAAAUUGAUCAGGUCCAGUCAUGCUUGCUAUUCCCUAUUUGUGAAAGAUGAGAGAUUAUUGAAGUUUUCGUAAUGUUGUCUUCAGUCUCAACAAGUGGUUUCAAACUUUGCAAAAUGAGAGAUAUUGUAGCAUGCAAUAAUGUGUGCAUAACUUUCAUUGUAAAUGUAAUGUAAAUGUGUUGUUUGUGUACGUGUGGGCAAGGGAUGACAUUGUCUGCAUUAACCAUAUGAUCCAUCUCCAGGGGAAACUUGAUUUGUACGCUUUUUUAAAAAUAAUUGUUAUUCAUAAGUUCAACAUGAUGCUUGUCACUGAACAGUAAAGCAGCAAAGAAGGGAAGAGAUUCUGUGGUUGUGCAGUAAAUAUAUUGACUCUGGAAGUGACCAUGGAGCUUCUCAAGGCUCAGAAAAAGAAAAAAAGAUUCAGAGUUUCUGCUGCCUGGGUUCUUGGGAAGUCCUUUCCUUCAAUGUAUCCAGUAAUUCUAUCAUGCAUCCGAUCAAAUUCCCAAAUUACAGGCCUAUAUGAAUCAUCAUAGCCAUAGCUUGAUUUAUUGUAAAAAUAUUACAAUUCUAACUAGAUCCCAGGUCAUAGAUGGAGUUAGGACUAGUGAAAUAUGGAAGGCUUUUGGAUGGCCUUAUUUUGUGAUGCAGCUAGCGGAUAACAUUCAAAAUUAAUUUUUCUGUAUUAUCCUAGUUUAUAUUUGAGUUAAUUAUAUUUUUGGUAUUUAAACAUUGAAAAAAUAUACAAAUUGAGAUUUAAAAAAGAUAAAAUAUACAGUUUGUAUAUUGAACUUUCAAAUAAUAAUUCUAAUAUUAUUAACUUACGGAACAGAAGAAAUCAAGGCUGUUAAAGCCAAGACAACCUGUGAACAUGCCGAGCUUUCAGACGGCACAAGUCGACACUCCUACUAGCUGAGACGGAGGCAAUAGCUUAUGGCUUGUUCGGAGGAACCAAAUGAGACAACAUUUGCUAUCUUGGUUUGGCUUCCUUUUCUUUUGCCAUGUGAAGGCCUAAAUGAUGCAUCAACUCCAGCAAGAUCAGUCAAGUGAUUUUCAGUUUACAUCAAGUCAUAUCUUUAAGCUCCUGUUUGGUGCUUUCUGGCAAAUGUGAAGAGGAACGCCAAAGGUUGCUCAGGCACGUGAAUGCAGAAU